GUUAGGUUAGUUUGGUUUUCGGCUGGAUUAUCCGCAAGUACACAGAACGUUGUGCCGUGUCGUCCUUCUACGUUCACGGCGAUUUACAUCUGAGAUCGGGAAAUGGGAGGAUAAUACAAACCAAUGUACUUUGAGCUGACCUUAUUCGGCUUGUUUCUUGGCUCCACGAGGCUGCGUCUGACCCAACCUAACCUAAUCUAACCUACCCCAACGUACCUGAAAGCCCGCGUGAGAGGCAUAACCUCGUAAAUACGCGUCACGCCGUAGCUCGCGUCAAACGAUAGAGCAAACCGUCUCGGCUUGUCUGAGGAAUUAUUCGGUACAGAAUAGCGCAGUGUUACAGCGGUAAUGGACGAAGCUAUCGUAACACCACCCACCUAUAAGCUGAACUUUUCCGAGCAGAUUUAUUGCGUCGAGUUGUCACCCUAUGAAUGGUCGCAACGUUUGAUUUGUAUUGCUCUCACCGGCAAGAUUACUAUCGGGAUUGUAAAGUUCCAGGAUGAGGACGACGAUGUUGAAGACAUCGAUUACUGUCCAAUUCGAACGUUUCAUCACGAAACGAGAGCAGAUGCGCUUUCCUGGAGUCCAGAAACCUCCCUGAGUGUUGUACCAAAGGUCGUAGUCUUCUGUGUUGCUGGGGCAGAUUUUAAGAUACGGUUGUACAAUAGUAAUUUAAACGACAUCAAUACAUAUCAAGUUCUAGAUGGGCACACAGAUUACAUCAAUUCGAUCUCCUACGAGCUGGAAGGUGAUAUUCUGGCCUCAGUCUCCGACGAUCAUACCUGUAAAUUGUGGGACACCAAAGAGGAAAAAAGAUGUAAUAUUACAUUUUAUCUAACAUCUCCAGGCAUGUCUGUAUGCUGGCACAAAGAAGAAACCGGCAAGUUGUUAGUAGCUGAAAAAAAUGGAUCAAUACGAAUGUACAACAUUAUAAGCCAGCAGGCGAUAUUGUCUCUUGACACUGGUGUUACACCCCUUAUGUCUGCUGAUUGGGGGGCAAAUCCGCUGAAGGUUGCAGCUAUGGCGGCCGGUGAGCUACUAGUUUGGGAUGUAUCCAGACCCAGCCGGCCUAUGGAGUCCCGACCCUUGCACGUGGAAGGAGGCCAGAUGAUCAAGUUUUAUCCAGCUGUCGAGUAUUUACUUGCCAGCAUUGGCAGGCCUGAUAAUGAACUUAAAGUGAUAAAUUUGAAAUCCAAACAAGUAGUUCUUACCAGUCGCUUGAAGCUCGUCGGCGGAAUGAGCUGGCAUCAUAAGUUACCCUUCAUCUGCGCAGGCAAUGACAGAGACCUCUGUUUUUGGAAAUUGAAUCUAAAGUAACUUGCUGGACACACCAAUCAUCUGUUGGAAGUUAAAAUUGCGUAUUCUCUACAUGAUGGUGACUUGCAAAUUGACAUAAAGCAGCUGGAGGAACUGAUGAUAUUCAGGGAAAAAAAGUGUCGCGUUUCACGUUAUUUUUUAAAAGUUAUAUAUAAAAUGUAAUUAAAAAAAAGUGACAGAACAUUGCAAAAGAUGUCAGGAUGACAAUCUAUGCCAAAGGAUGGAUGACAGGGUGGAUCAACGACGGUUUCUGAAUUUUUCAGAAUAUACCCAAGAUUAGUGAGUGGGUGAAUCCAAUAUGCGUAAUAUGAGAUACAUGAUGAAAUAUGUCGUGUGAUUAACGCAGUUUGUUCCAUAAUAUUUACAUUUAUAUGCUCAGAGUAAAUACCUACACCUGAACGUAAAAAAUUACACCUACCAUAACAAUAAAGCUGAAAGUAACAUUCA